AUGCGGGUGCUGGAGGAGACGGUACCUUCCCCCUUCGCAGCCUUGCUCUUCUACGUCUCAGCCGCCACCAAGGAGGGCGUGCUGAAAGCCGUCCACGCCAAGGUGCUGUGCCACGUGGCAGACCUCUAUGCGCUGCUCCUCGCUGAAGGCUGGCAGCCCACCUUCCAGGAGACCCUCUGCCGGCCACGGGACCUCAUGGAGGCCCAACGGGCAGGCCGCAUUCCGCUUUGA